GAGUGUUUAUAAAAGUGCAAGUUGUGGUGAGCUGACAUAAUACGCAUCAGACUCACAAGAGAAGAUGAGGUGUGUUUGUGUAACCCUUCUGCUGUGCCUGGCUACAAUGCUGCUCGCUCAAGUCACCUGCCAAAUAAGUGGUAUGUCAAAUUGCCCUUGUCUCAAGACAUCAAAUAAGGUUUACCGCAAGGAAGAGAUGGAAAAUUACAUGACACAAAAAGCAGGCAUCUGCCAUAUUAAUGCCAUUUUAUUUAAAACAGUCAGUGGUCGUUUCAUUUGCGCCGAUCCAAUAAAGCCUUGGGUGAAAAGAGCCAUGGAAUGUGUGGACAACAAGAAGAAGGCAGCUGAAACGACAGCGCGUCCCAUAAACUCUGGGUCAACAUCGACAUUGAACAACACAUCACAUACAACAGGAUAAUCUAUGACUAUUUUACCUGAGCUUUGCAAAUUUGUUAACAUAUGUCUGUAAUUUUUGUGUUGGAUUUUAUAUUAAAAAUAUUACUGCAUAAAAUA